CUUCACUCGCUGCUGGGAAAAUGCCGGGUCACCGUAAGCUGUGGGGCUUCUCAGAACAGGGGUUGCGACAGCUUCACCAUCAAAUGCGGUAUUUCAGUAUGGCCAAGCAAGUGCUGUGUUGAUGGGUUUUCCUUUCGGAUCCUUGGUUGUAGGUCAAAGAAGAAAGAAUAGCUGAACUGGAAACAGAAAAUGCUAUUCUGCACCUGAAACUGGCAGAGUACCAGGAAAGGAUGAACAGGAGCAGCCGUGAGGCCUGGCCCUAUGCUCUGCUCAGAACGAGGCAGUGUCAGCAGGGAAGCAUUCAUGCAGCCUUUCUCCAGCUUGGCUACCUGACUAGGGUAGAAGUGACCUCAGCGUUGCCAAAAUCACCAUUCACACGCAGAAUGUUGAGUGGUGUAGGGCUUAGGAGAGCCCCUUUGCCUCUUCUCUGUCAGAAGAGGCUCACCCCAGGGCACUCAGACAGGUUCAGCUUUCCAAUGCUCAGUAAAAGAAAGCCCAAAGCAUUUAUUGGCGUCUGAGCAAAAAUGAGCCAUAAAGUAGUUUUUGGCCAGUAAACAAAUGGCCUGAGAUAGCAGCAGUGGAAACUGAGUCUCCUGAGUCACAGCUGUUGUUGUUCUUAUGUCUGUGGGUGUUUUACCCGCAUGCAUGUCUGUGCACCGUAUGCAUGCAGCUGCCCUCAGGGCAAAAGAGGGCAUCCUGCCUCCUGAGACUGUAGUUCCAGACAGUUAGGAACUGCCGUGUGAGUGCUGGGAACUGGAUCCCAAGUGCUCUCUAACUGCUGAGCCAUUUCUCCAGCCCCCAUAGUGGUUAUUUUUUAUAGUUUAAUGGUAGAAAAUAUUUGUAAUAACAGGUAUCCCAUCCCCCUACAUCAUAUCCGAGCAGUCCUUGGACUGUUGGUGGCUUCUAGAGGAAACGCCCGGAAAAAAGGUAUCUCACUUAGUGUGUUUGGCAAGUCUCCAACGUGAGAUUGUGGUAGAUAUUUUUAUGCCACUGAUUAAAAACAUUGUUCUACCUUAUGUUAAAAACAAUGUGACCAGGGUGGGAAACAGGAACAAAAACAAAAAAAACCAAACUCAUUAAAACAAUGUAAGCACCAUCUGCAAACAGGAUUAACCUGCCAUGGUAAGACAUGAAGGCUUGAACUGUGUUCAUUCAGAAUAGAUUCAUGUGGAACUCAUUGUAAAUUCUCUCCCACCCUAGUAAAAUUGGCCUACCUUUGAAUAUCUGUGUUCUAUAUAAUAAAAGUACCUUGAUUCAGCCUAGCAUUGCCAUUUUUAUUAAAAUGUUUCUGUGCAUGGAGGAAUCUCCAUUAUUCAUAACUUAAAAAGACAAAAAUCAUAUGUUUAAGCUCAAGAAACAUUCGGAUGUGUUAUUGAGAGUAAAUACUAAACCAUGCCACAUCCUUUCAUCUAUUCAUUGUCAAAUCAUCAUGCUGAAAGUCCUGGGAUAAUUGCUGGAGUUGGACGGGGGAAUGUGUGACGCACGGGAUAUUAGCUGCAUUGUUCCCAAAGUUCCCUGAAAACUCUGAUGCAGACUCUUCCUGGAACUCUGUCACACACAUGGGUAUGGCGAUUUCUUCUUCCUGGCCUGAGCUCAUGGUAAUGAAGCCGCCAGAAGUUGGUCUGGACAGUCCAUCAGAGCUUUGCUCUUGCUUAACACAGCCCGAGUGUGCCACCAAAACCACCAGGAUGUUAAACGGGUCAGAAGACUGUCCAUGAUUACACAGUGAGCAGCUGUACUACAGAAACUGAUCAUAUAUCCUGGUCUUCUGUUUUUCUAAGGAUCUUAAUAAUGUGGAAUAUAUAAAAUGAGCUGCUCUCAAAGCACUAACCCCAGAGCUAUUGAGUUAGAAUUUCAGAAGAGGGCCGGGCGGUGGUAACACACACCUUUAAUCCCACCCAGCACUUGGGAGGCAGAGGCAGGUGGAUCUCUGUGAGUUCAAGGCCAGCCUGGUCUAGAGUGAGUUCCAGGAUAGCCAGGGCUGUUACAGAGAGAAACCCAGUCUCAAACAAAACAAAACAAAACAAAUGAGAAAGAACUAAUAAAGGGAACCUGGGCUCUGUGUGGCAAACACUCACCUCGCACGUUUGACGAAGAACCAGUGCUUCACAUGCCCCUAGUUCACAACAGGCUGCUGCAGGGUUGCAGGUGGUGGGCCUCUUUCCUGUUCCGUGGGGCUCUUGUGAUUGGUUGUACAGUUAGACUGUAGUGGCUGAUAAUGGCAUGAUCGGUUGUGCUGUGUUUUCAUCACGCAGAAACUUCAACAGGAUGUCAAGGAGCUGCGGAGUUCUUUUCUGGUGCUCUUACAAAGCCAUCAGGACGAGUACCAGAACUGCCUCUCUGACAUAAUGGCUGCUGUGCAGGGGGUACAGCCGAGCAGCGAGGCUCUUCGAGCUUGUCAGUCAGAGGCUGCAGGUCUACAGCGGAGCUUGCAGGAGCUGGAUUCACGCUUCCGCCUGGAACAGCAGAGGAGGAGAGCCCUCCAUAACAGCCUGGUGGAGCUGAAAGGAAACAUCCGAGUCCACUGUCGCAUCCGUCCCUUUCUGUCAUUUGAUAAAGAGUUGGAUGGUUCGGCUUCACAGAACUGCAACACCCCUGGAGAAGUGGCCCAUGCUGUUGAUGAUGAAACCGUCCUGGUGAGGUGUGCUCUUCCUGGCCGCCCUCCCGCCGAGAAGACAUACCGUUUUGAAAGAGUGUAUGGCCCAGCAGAAUCUCAGGCAACGGUGUUUGGAGAUAUACGUCCCCUCCUCAUAUCCCUUUUGGAUGGGUACAAUGUGUGCAUUAUGGCAUAUGGACAGACCGGAAGUGGGAAAAGCUACACCAUGUUGGGGCCCCACUCAGAAGGUGACUCUGCACUGCUGUCAGGUGCUCGUGAAGACUUGGGGAUCAUCCCCAGAGCAGCUGAGGAACUCUUCAGGCUCAUUUCAGAAAACCCUUCAAGAAGUCCCAAGGUUGAUGUCUCCAUCGUAGAAAUUUAUAAUAACAACAUUUUUGACCUUGUGGCCAAAGACCGUUCUACAGCGAUGUCUGGGUCUAAGAGCCAGAUGAUGACAAGCCAGGAGGGACGUUCAGAGGUACCCAAGCUGACCUGCAGGGCCGUCACCAGUGCUGUGGAGUUUGUGGGGCUCAUCCACAGAGGGAUACAGCUCAGAGUGCAGCACCCCACUCUGGUUCACAAGAACUCUUCCAGGUCUCACUUGAUCGUCACAGCAACUCUGACCACAGCUUCCUCCGUGGGCAGCACUGCCCCACAGUCCAGCCAAGCUUCCCUCCAGAAGAAAGCAGGAGGUAACUGGUGGACUACCUCUCCCCGGGCUUUGUCUCUGCACACCGUUCCAGUGGACUCUGCAGACCGUUCUGGGCAGGUGCUGGCCAAGCUGCAGCUUGUGGACUUGGCCGGCAGUGAGUGUGCAGCAGUGUCUGGGGUGACCGGUGUGGCACUGAAGGAGACCUCCUUCAUCAACCGGAGUCUGGCUGCCCUCGCAGAUGUCCUCGGAGCCCUGUCAGAGCGCUGUGACCACAUCCCCUAUCGGAACAGCAAGCUCACCCACCUGCUCCAAGAUGCCAUCGGCGGUGAUGCAAAGUUACUGAUGAUUCUGUGUGUGUCCCCUGGGCAGAAGCACAUGGCAGAGACUCUGCGGGCCCUAAAAUUUGGGGCUCUAGCUCGGCAGGUUGAGCGACAACCAUCCAGAAGGAGACCUCCCAGCUCCCAGAUGCAGAAGCCAGGGUUGGGCCUGGCGGGGUCACGGACUCUUCUUUGAGAUGUGCUUCUUGUCAUUGCUUUAGGAUGUGCGUGCUUUAGAAAUAAACAGUGUUCUCUUGG